GUCCACGCACCGGCUCGCCGUCGCUGCCUCGUCUCCGCUGCCAUAAAGCAGUGCAUCGUGGAAAAGAACGAAAACAAACCCCGUGUGUUCACAUCACAGCCCGCUGUCUAUAAUGUGAAACCAUGCUCCGGGCGUCCGAGACUCAAACACCAGCUGCUUUGGAGAACACGUUGCUGUCUGGACUUCCCAGCAGGCGGGCACCACCAGCUGCUCCGUCUCGUUCCUGGGCUCCUGGAAGGGCCACUCUUUGCUGCCCCAAGCAAAUGAAGCCAACGUCCUCCCCAGGAGCAGCACUCGCAGAGGACUCCGCCUGUCACUGGGACUCCUGUGCACCGUGCUGGGCUCCAGUAGCCCACCCAUGCCUGUGAUCCCCAUCCCACGGCGGGCGCGCAGCUUCCAUGGCCCCCACACCACCUGCAUGCACUCGGCCUGUGGGUCGACGCAUGCCUCCAAGCUAGUGCGCUCCAAGUACAAUAACUUUGACCUCUACCUGCGCUCGCGCUGCAUGUACAGCUUCCUCCGUUUCCUGCUCUACUUUGGCUGCAGUCUGCUGACCUCCCUGCUCUGGGUGGCGCUCUCCGCUCUCUUUUUCCUGCAGUACGUCAGCGUGCGAGUGCUCCUGCGGCUGCAGUACAAGCUGUCCGUCAUUCUGCUCUUGUUAGGACACCGGCGCCUGGACUUUGGGGCGCUCAAUGACCUGCUCAUCUACAGCAUGCAGAUCACCAUGUUUCUGGUGGGGGGCCUUGGCUGGUGCCUCAUGGUGUUCGUGGACAUGUAGCUCGGAUUGUGAACGACGUGGGGGGAACGUCCCACUGAAACUGUUCUGUCGCGGUACGGGACAACGUCCACUUUCGCCAUGUCCUGUAGGACUGCUCUGCAUCACUUUCAGCUCCGGUUGAUAAAAAGCCCCUCUGACGUCAACUUGAGAGCUUUAUGGUUUAGUUUCAGAUAUGAUAGAGUCCAUUAAGAAUCUCUGUAACAGCUGUGUGUACCGUCCUUCAAAGUGGUUGGUCCAAUAUAGCUCGGAGAGAACCACCUGGGUGCUGAAUGUCAACACUGAUGCUUGAAGUCAGUCUGACCAGAGUCAGACGCUCGAGAGACGGGGAGGGUCGAAAUCGUUUCAAUUUCAACUGUAUUGUCAUGCCAUUUGUAAACCGUGUUCACGAAUUUUGUAAUCUUGACUCAACUCAUUUGUUUACCAUAAUGGAAAAUGUCAAUGUUGCAUGGCAAAGUGACUGAACACAUAAAUGAUGUGCAUCAUGGCUGUCUUAAUAAAAGACAUGCAACUUGUGCCAAAAUGAGGCUGCCCCCCCCCCAUCAGAAAAAUGUUCCACGAUUCCCAAGUUGAGAGAAUUCCAUGUAUUUAGUGUAAACAAACCUGAUAUCAUAUAAACAUACAUGUACCACAGAGACUGUAACCUAUGGUGGCUAAAGUUGUCAACAGUGUGUGUAAUGUGCUUUUUGUGGAAGAAUAGAAUAAGUGACUACACAUCAACUUCUUUUGUAAAGUUAUUAAAUGUAUUUUCCGUUGAUGAAA